CCCCAAUGCGCAUCCUGACCGUCACUCUUUUCUUCGGCCUUUCCACAUCCACCCAACACAGUUGAGGCGCGAUGGGGCGAGUGAUUCGCGCACAGAGGAAGGGCGCGGGGUCGGUGUUCAAGUCUCACACCCACCACCGCAAGGGCAAGCCUGCGCUCCGGCCGGUGGACUACGCUGAACGCCAUGGCUACAUCCGGGGCAUCAUCAAGACCAUCAUCCACGACCCCGGCCGCGGCGCCCCCAUUGCCGAGGUGCACUUCAGGGACCCCUACCGCUACAAGACCCGCAAGGAGCUCUUCCUGGCCGCCGAGGGGAUGUACACGGGACAGUUCGUGUACUGCGGCAAGAAGGCCAACCUUGAUGUGGGUAACGUGAUGCCCAUCGGUACACUCCCUGAGGGCACUGUCAUCUGCAACCUGGAGGAGAAGACUGGUGACCGCGGCCGCAUCGCUCGUGGCUCCGGGAACUACGCCCAGGUCAUCGCCCACAACCCCGAGACGAAGAAGACGCGCGUCAAGCUGCCGUCCGGGGCCAAGAAAGUGCUGCCCUCGGCCAACCGUGCCAUGAUCGGCAUUGUGGCUGGCGGCGGGCGUAUCGACAAGCCCAUCCUGAAGGCCGGCCGAGCCUACCACAAGUACAGGGUGAAGCGCAACAGCUGGCCCAAGGUGCGUGGUGUGGCCAUGAACCCCGUCGAGCAUCCCCACGGAGGAGGUAACCAUCAGCACAUCGGUAAGGCCUCCACCGUCUCCCGAGGCAAGUGUGCUGGUCGCAAGGUCGGUCUCAUCGCUGCCCGCAGGACUGGUCUUAUCCGCGGUACCAAGAAGGACCCCAGACACGCCGCCUAAGUCUGGGGUGCGGCUUUGGCUGUGUCUAUGUGGUAUUUUUCAUGGAGGCACACCAGAAAUGACGUUGAAAAUAAAGGUUCUUGUGAGGA